CACUUUCGAUCUCAAGUACUCACUGCACUUUUAAUCCUAUUCCUUUCUCUCUCAUUCACUUUUUCACUACUCCCUCUCUCUCUAAAGUAACUAUGAAGUCAAGAUUUCUUAGAGGGUGCCUUAACAAGUGCAAGAAAAUGUGCCUAAACAAGUGCAUAUCUUGUGAGGACUGUUGUGAAUGGGCUUUGUGGUCUUCUUCUUUGCAUGAAGCUUGCUCCAACAUUCCAAGUGAUGUUCCAAAGGGUCACUUGGUUGUGUAUGUGGGAGAAAACCACAAGAGAUAUGUGAUCAAGGUUUCAUUGCUCCACCAUCCACUCUUCAGGGCCUUGUUGGAUCAAGCUCAGGAAGAGUAUGACUUUAUUGCUGAUUCAAAACUCUGCAUUCCCUGUGAUGAACACCUCUUCCUUAGUGUACUUCGAUGUGCUAGCUCCCCACAGAACCAACGAGUGUGUCUGUGUCUUUGAGGAAUUGCACUUUUGGAACAUUCUUUAGUUUCUUUCCUUGCUGUUGAAAUUCUUAGUUCUAAGUUCUAACUAUGCUGAUAUGUAGCCAUCCAUAUAUAUAUAUAAUUAAUUAAUACUAUGUUGUAAGUAGGUUGAGGCAUAAUUAAGUGUCAUUUAGCUCACUGAUGCAAUUCAUCAAUUCAAGAAGAGAGAGGAUUCAA